AUGGUCGGCGUCCCUGGUCGCUCCAAGGCCUGCAACACCUGUCUCAAGCGCAAGAUCAAGUGCGACCUCGCCAAGCCAUUCUGCGGCAACUGCGCCAAGUCCAAACGCAUCUGCGGAGGAUACGCCCGCAAGACCGUCUACGUAUUCUCCGACAAUGUCGUCCUGCCCGACAGCAGCGGCGCCGCCAAGGACGACGGCACGCUGACAUACCAGGGCCGAUGGAAAGGCACUUCUCUCAACAAGCCAUCAUCACCGGCAUCAUCUCCCUACGGAUCAGACUCGUCCCGCGUCGACACGCGCCCAACCCGGGCCAACAAUGAUUCCUCCUCCGCCUCCCCCGCCUCCUCCGCCUCCGACAUGAGCCUCCUCCCGGCCGACCUCGACGCCCUCGACGUCCAGCGCAUCCCCCUGAUGCCGUCGCUCUGGCAGCAGCUGCACCACGUCUUCCUGCACGCCUACAUGCCGCAGCAGGCCAUGAACCCCGCCGACAACGGCAGCCACCUCACCGGCAACUGGCUGCUGCAGCUGCAGGGCCGGCCCUCGACGCUGCCGGCCCUCCAAACCUCCAUCGCCGCCUUCGCCUCGGCCCAGAUCGGCCGCGACCACAACGACGCGCGCCUCGUCGCGCAGAGCAUGCAGCUCUACCUCAAGAGCCUCGAGCACCUGCGCAACGCCCUCGCCAGCCCCGCGACCCGCCUCAGCGACGACACCCUCGCCGCGUGCCUUGCCCUCGGCAUCUACGAGCUCACCGAGAAGCCAAUGGCGCCGUCGUACCACCCGCGCUCCGAGACGCAGCGCCAGGAGCAGCCCAACGGCGGCACCGCCUACAGCAAGCACAUGGCGGGCGCCAUGAUGCUGCUCAAGCUGCGCGGGCCCGACGCCAACAACACGCCGCUGGCGCACAGUCUGUUCCUGGGCCUGCGGCGCCAAAUCAUCAUCACCACGUUGAUCAAGCACUCCGACACGUUCCUCUCCGACGACGUCUGGCGCGAGCGCCCAUGGAGCGUGUACCCGAAAAACCUGCUCGACAAGUGCCUCGACUGCGUGCUCGGCCUGCCGCGGCUGCAGCGUCUCGCCGACGACAUGCUCCGCGACACGGCCGACACGACGCACGUCGCCGCGCAGUGCGACAUGCUGAUUGAAAACUGCACCGCCGUGCUCGCCAGCCUCGACGCCUGGUACGCGUCCUUUGAGGCGUACGUCGUCGGCCCGCCGUACUGGUCCACGUUCUGCACGCUCUCCAGCGCGCAGGACGACGCCGCCGGCCUCGGCAAGCCCUUCCCCAUCUCGUACAUGUUCCCGACGUUCAGCACCGCGUACCUGCUCAUGACGUACUGGACGGGCGUCAUGCUCAGCCACUGGCUGCUGUUUGUCGCCUACCGCACCCUCGCCGAGCAGUCGCCGUCGUCGCCCGAGCCGCUGCGCGCGCGGAGACGGACGCACAAGGACGUAUGGGUCGCCAUGACGCGCAACAUGUGCCAGAUGACAGAGUACUUUCUCGGCGGCGGCAUGGGCAAGGUGGGCAUCACGGUCGCGCUGGCGGUGCUCGAGGGCGCCAUGGCCAUGUUCCGCGACGGGACGGAGGACUGGGCGCGCGAAAAGGCCUGGGUGGCCGAGAUGAUUGCGCUGACGGCGACGAAGCUAAAUGAGGCGAGCAUGGUUGUGGUGUAG